GAGUGCAGCAGCGCUGGAGCUGCAGAUCAGUCUGUGAGUGAGUGUGUGAGUCGCGCGUCCUGCUCUGGAGCUACCAGCCUGCGCUCUGUCCCGGGACACUUCGGACCUAAUGAGACGCGCGAGCUUCGGCCCUCUUUUAGCGGACUUCUGUCGCGUGGCUUUUGAAGCUCUUUAGAGGACCCCCUCCGUCCCGUUUUGCCUUCGCCCUGAGGAUACAGCUCGCGCCUCUACCCAUGGACAAGACUCUCUCCAAAGUUCUCAAGCAGCCUCCCAGCACCACGUAACAUUUCCUCAAAGAACUCGUCCAGCGUUGGCUCCCAACAAACAUGGACUGUUUUCCCAUGCUUUAUUUUCUGUCGAGACAUCAUGAUUCCUGGUAAUCGAAUGCUGAUGGUCAUUUUAUUAUGCCAAGUCGUACUGGGAGAGAGCAACCAUGCUAGUUUGAUACCUGAGGAAGGAAAGAAGAAAGUGUCGGGUCAUCACCCGGGUCAGAGUCAUGAACUGCUCCGGGACUUUGAGGCCACGCUGCUGCACAUGUUUGGCCUGCAGAGGCGGCCACGGCCCAGCCGCUCGGCGGUGGUGCCCCAGUAUCUGCUGGACCUCUACCGGCUGCAGUCGGGGGAGGCGGACGAGGCCGGAGCUCAGGAGGUCAGCUUUGAGUACCCCGAGAGGUCCACGAGCCGAGCCAACACUGUAAGAGCAUUCCAUCAUGAAGAGCAUAUGGAGCAGGUGCCAUCAGAUGGGCCAUAUACCACCGGUACUCCACUUCGUUUCCUCUUCAACCUCAGCAGCAUCCCGGAGGACGAGCUGCUGUCCACAGCUGAGCUGCGCUUGUACAGAAAGCAGAUCGAAGAGGCCAGCUCAGAGGAUGCUGGAAAUGAAGGGCUCCACCGGAUAAAUGUCUAUGAGGUGCUAAAGCCGCCGCGGCCCGGGCAGUUGAUCACGCGGCUCCUGGACACGCGACUGGUGCGCCACAAUACCUCCAACUGGGAGAGUUUUGAUGUGAGUCCAGCUGUGCUGCGCUGGACCCGCGACAGAUUGCCAAAUCAUGGACUGGCCGUUGAGGUGCUGCAUCUGAACCGAACGCCGCGGCACCAGGACAAGCAUGUGCGCAUCAGCCGCUCCCUGCACCAGGCUCCAGGCGAAGACUGGGACCAGCUGCGCCCUCUGUUGGUGACUUUCGGCCAUGAUGGCAAAGGCCACCCGCUGACACGCAGGACCAAACGCAGCCCUAAGCAGAGAGGCCGCAAGCGCAACCGCAACUGCCGGAGACACGCACUCUAUGUGGACUUCAGUGAAGUAGGCUGGAACGACUGGAUAGUGGCCCCUCCCGGCUACCAGGCCUACUACUGUCAUGGGGAAUGCCCUUUCCCUCUGGCGGACCAUCUGAACUCCACUAACCACGCUAUUGUACAAACACUGGUCAACUCGGUGAACAGCAAUAUCCCCAAGGCUUGCUGCGUGCCCACUGAGCUCAGUGCCAUCUCAAUGCUCUACUUGGAUGAGACUGACAGGGUGGUCCUGAAAAACUAUCAAGAAAUGGUUGUAGAGGGCUGUGGCUGCCGCUAGCCCGUUACGAAUUAAGAAAUGCUAGCGCCGAUGUCUAACGGCCCCAUUGUACACCCAAAUAUCAUCACUUGGACGCUUAUUUAUAAGAUGUAUGUUUGUCUCCUUUUUGUUUCCUUGACCAUAUGAUCAUAUAUUUUGACAAAAUAUAUAUAUUUAUAUCUACAUAUUAAAAAAAUAAAAGUGAGACCUUAUUUUAAACAUUAAUAAGAAGCUGUACAACUUUUCAUAAUGUAUAUUAGAUUGUAUAAGGGUUUUAAAUGAGAAAAUAAUACAAAAAAAAUCACCAAAAAUGUAAAGUAUAUAUACUGGUAAUAUUUAUUUCUUUCAUACUAUAUACAUUUACAAAGAAAAUGGGAAAUGCAUAACCUCCCAGCCAGCUUCCUAUUUGAGCAGAUGAACAAAAGCAACAUGCAUCAUUUGUGUACGAAAAUAGAGCACUGUGUGAGAUGAUUAACUGGUUUGUGUGAGAAAUCAGUUGAAGAAAUCAUAAAUGUACUUUGAUUUUAAUUCACGUUUUUGCAUCAACUUUUAGACAUGUGAUUUUAGAUGUCCCCAUAAUUUGUUCCUUUUUUUUUUAAUAAAUGGUGAAACGUUACAAGACAAACGUGAGAUUAAUAUAAAGGUAGUGCAAGGCCAAAACACUUUGGGCUUUUACAAAUGGGUCAUGAAUAAGGGGAGGCGCUCGUUUGAAAUUUAGAGAGCAUUGUUUAUAGCACACAAGCACCAGCAAGUUUGGAGUAUAAUCUCCUUCAGCAGGCUGUAGUCUACGGCUCUCCACAGCCAUUAGCGAAACUGAUUAAGAUAGACUUCUUUACAAGUGUGUGGACAUGGCGCUGCGCUGUGAUCGUGGCAGACGUGUGCCGAGACACUGCCACCUCUCCCUGGAAGGAAUCAAAGGUUAGACCGUCUGUCUCCUGCCUUUGUCUCCUGCUGAAUGAGACGCCUGUCUCCAACCUCCAACCAUCAGACAAUAGAUUUCUACUUCACUUAUUUACAGCUUGACGACUAGGCCGUCCUCCACCAUAGAGCCAACGGCAGGGCUUUGAACGUGGCGUCAGAUUAAGGAGGAGGUUAACAUAGUUGUGUAGAAGUCAUGUUCUUAAAACUUAAUGUGAGCAGCAUACAUGUUUUUUUUUAGCUCAUUUAAUUUAAUUUUGGUUAUAAAAAGGCAAAGCAGUAGAGAAACAGUGGAGAAAGUCAGGUUUACACUGAUUUGACUGUGAACUCAUGCUUCCUCUGAAAAGCUGAAAACAACACUACUACUAAAACAGUAGUGCUGUGUUCUUCUUGUGUUAAAAGGUCAUUUUAAGGCAGACUAGAUAGCCCUAAAUUGCCUAAAUACCCUUUAUAAAUAAUCAGUCCAACACCUACAGUUGACAAUUCUCUCAUCAGGUUGGGGGUUACUCAUUGUCCCCUGAGUUUGUACUGGAUUUAACACCAGUCUGUCAUCUCAAAUCUGUAGUAGAAAACAUUUUAGAGUUCUGUUACCACAUAGUUGUAACAGUGUUUCUUCCUCUGCGCCCCUCAGUAAAGUGUAAGCUUUCUCUCUGAAGAUUCUCCAUCAGACACAGGCUCAACAGAUGAGUGGAGAGAGAGAAGUAUAGAGAAGAAUUUCAUUUUGAAGUGGCUGAGGGCAGAGGGGAGCGCUUUAAAGCCGGCUGACAGAGCAAUUACACACAUCUCAGCUGCUCUACUGCUUGAAGAUAACAUCGGCAAGUCAUGGUAAUUGUGGGGCAGUUCAUUAUCCCACCUCGCCUUCAUGAAGAGGGCACGCAUUAGUUAAAAUGGCGAGAGCCAACACGACUUGCUGUAAUCUAAACAUUUAUGUAAGCUAAACCACAGAAUUGUAUGUAAUGGUACCACGUAAUGCUUUUAAGUUUGGAUUGAAAGGACAUUUUCUGUCCCUGUCUUUUGGUACUUGCUCAAUCAUUUAAGGGAGCUGGUGAACUUUAUAUGGUUUAAAAACAUUUAAAAAGCUCUCAGAAACACCAGAUUAAUUUCAGUAUUCCCUUAAACUCCCUGUUUAUAUGAGAUAAAGGUAUUCUUUCAUGGCUUACCCCGUUUCUAUUAUUGUAACUGGAUGGCCCAUUGUGAUCACAACGACUUUUUGUCUUGUACUGUUUUCACGCACUUACAAAAAGCUCAUUAUUGUCUGUUGACAUUACUAGACUAACUGACCCUUCAGGAGGCCUUUAACCAAACAUUCAGCUUUAAAGCUUAGCGGUUUAUAGACAAUUAACCCCCUCCUAAGAACAAAAAAUGACAUCACUUGUGUUUGGAUGAACUUAUCCUACGUAGGGUUUCAGCUAAAAAGCUUUUUGUUAGUUUGUACUAGUUAUUGCAAUUAAAAAAGUGCCCUUUGUGCUGCUGAGUUUCUCUAACCACUCCAACCAUUUCUCUAACUUACCAUAUUUCCCUCUUCUUUUCCCCCAUUCACUCUUUUCUGUAAUAGUACCGGUGCACCUGACUUGGUACAGCUUAGUAAGUCACUCGAUUUGUUUGAAAGCGGUCGCUUCAGAUAAAAGAGUGCUUUCCUAUGCUAGAUUGGGCACUCAAAAGCCCCUGUUGUUGAGAAAGGGGGCGUCGCUCUGUGCGGUCCGCAGCUCAAAACCUGUUUCUUCGUGCACCCUUGAGCCGCUCCUUGCUAG